AUGGAAGAAAUAAAAAAACUACGACAAGAAACAUUACAAAAAGAAAGAGAUACCAAAAAUAAUGGUAAUCCUAUUUAUUAUGAUUGUCAUAGGUGUAAUAAAAAAGUGAUGGAUGAAAGUGUAGGAAUGUGUAAAUGCAAAGGCGAAACUAAACACUUGCUUUGCGAGGAUUGCACCAAACAAAGAAAUAUGGAAAAGAAAAUUAAAAAUUUAAAAAUUGGGGAACUAAAACAAAGAUUAAGUGAUUUGAUUAGUUAUCAUACCAAAAGAAAGGAGGAUGCUAUUAAAUAUAAUUCAGAGUUUUAUAAUAAGUUGAAUAGUAUUAAAGAAGUAGAAAUGAUGGAAAAAUUACCUCCUAAGUUUUUACAAGCUUACUUAUUUUUAAAACAAGCCUACUAUUCUAACUACCAAGAAGAACUUUUAAAACACUCUAAUUUUGAUAAAGAAAGUUUUUUGGAUAGAUUGGAAAAAGAAAUAGAGAUUUCUGAAAAGAGUGUUGGGUUUAUUACUGACGACAAAAUAGAUUUACCAAAAGAUUAUCCUCUCUGUGUUUUUAUUAGAGAUGAACAUGAAGAAACUGUUUUAAAAGCAAAAGAAAAUCUGUUAGCAUUAGUGCAAGAACAAGCAGAAAAAAUGUGA